CACACGAGCACACAAGUUUCAACAUGGCCGUCUUAGUUGCUUUUAGUAUCGUAGAUUCCUUUUGCCUAUUAUGUAUUUUUUAAACAGGCCAAACUUAUUUUCCAAAAUAAUAAUUGAAAUAUAGUGUUUAAAGUGAAGAUUGCAAUAAAAAUACUCAGUUUUACAAACAAACAAAAGAAAAAAAAAAAAACGAUACAUUGUUGAGGGGAAAAAAAAGAAGUGAACUCGGGUGGUAGGCAUUUUCACAUAAAACAGCUCAAUACACUUGUAUACAGUUCUCGUUCCUUUUAUUGGAACAUGGUUUUCUAUUGCACACGACGAGCAAGCGUAAACGACCGUCCUCAAAAAAAACUUGUUCGAUUAAUUAAAGUUCUCAAGUAAAAAUGAAUAUUGUUAAUCAAGCUCAGCCAGUGAAGAUUCAUUUCUUCUUUAUAUAUAAAAAGGCUGAUAUUUAAAUUAUUUAAAUUUAUCAACUAUCACUGGAAACAUCCUUGAAAAUUUUCAACACUCAAGAAGAUUGAUAAUCAAAAAAAAAUUUGAUUCACAAAAAUAAUUCUCCUGUGCAAGCAUUUUUUUGAGAGUUAAAAUAAUUGGAAAUGGCGGAAACACAAAGACAAACAAUUUACGGUAGACAUCCACCUUGCGCCAAGAAUUCAAGACUUGAGGAUCGUCGAGCUCGAAGACAAGCUUUAAGAAUGGAGAGAAAUCGAAAACCAGAUAAACCAGAAGAUUUUGUUUGUUAUGAAACAAGUGACGAUGAGGAGGAAACAGUGACUGAGGGUAAACAAUUUUUACGAACAUCAUUUAAUUUUGUCGAUUAUGUACGUUCACGUGAAACGAAUACACGUGAAGUACGAAGGGUUAAUCAUGAGUAUGGCUCGCGUCAUAUGCUUACUCAUGAUUUAUUUAAAGAAUCUUCGGUUAAUUUAAACAAUAUGAAUAAAGUAUUUUCAUCGCAAUGGUUGAGCGAUAGGCAAGUUGUAUUUGGAACUAAGUGCAACAAAUUAAUGGUUUACGAUGUUGCAACACAAAAAUUGGACCAAAUACCAUCGUUACAUGGAAGACAAAGUAUGAGUGGAACAAAUGCAAUUUCCGAACAACAAUGUGGCAUUCAUUCGGUGCAAAUUAAUCCCUCUAGAACUCUACUGGCAACUGGAGCGAGGAAUAGCAACGAAAUUGCAAUUUAUCGAUUGCCUACACUGGAUCCUGUUUGCGUUGGUGAAGGUGGUCACAGGGAUUGGUUGUUUGAUUUGUGUUGGAUGGAUGACGAAUUUUUAAUAUCCGGUUCAAAAGACUCGAAAAUGGCUCUAUGGCGGGUCCUUAGUGAAUGGGUCGACGCACCGGAAAAAGCUGAUGUUCCCUCUCAUAGAUUGAUCCAGCCGGUCUGUGUAAAGGAAUGUCGAGGAGCACAAAAAGUACGUGCGCUAGCGUUUAAUAAAGCUUAUGGAGAAAUUGCAGCACUUUCUCUAAAUAGUUUCAUUCACAUUUGGGAGGCAGAGACUUUUAAGCAGAAAAUUUCUCGUAAAUUACCGGCUUGUCAGGAAAAUGUUUGCAUGGCCGUUCAAGAGAAGGGAGUCUACGCUAUUGGCUGCCGAUCUCAUACUCUACUUUUGGACGCCAGAACAUUGCAAUCUAUUAAAAAAAUACCUUCCCGUUACAAUGGUUGUAGUAUAAGAUCCGUAAGUUUUCAAGGGACAGUGUUAACAAUAGGCACUGGAUUAGGAAUGUUAAUGUUUUUUGAUAUUAGAGCUCAAAAGUACCUAGAAUCUUCAAUUAAUUCAAAUCGAACGGCCGUUUUGAAAGCAUCGAAAGGAUACGUGUUUCCAGAUGAAGAGUAUAUUGAUGGUUUUCAAAAUGUGAAAUAUACACCAGCGAUUUAUACUCAUUGUUACGAUCAAUCGGGAACGCGUCUCUUUACAGCAGGCGGUCCAUUACCACCAAAUCUUUAUGGUAACUAUGCAGGACUUUGGCAAUAAAAAUGCAGGUCUUUAUGGGAAUUUUUAGACUGAAUGUGUCAUUUUACUUUAUGUUUUAAAACAAAUAACACGUAAAAAGACACGAAGGAUAUAUGCAAACAAAAACAGAAAUUAAAGUAGAUUAAAUUGAGAAAUACUGAAAAAUUUUCCCAAUAGAAAAUUGGGAAAUUUUUUAACACAACAGUUUUUCUUUAAAUUAGUUUGAAAUACUUUUUACAAAAGUGAUUAUUAUUAUUAUUAUUAUUAUUGUAAAUAGCCAGGAAUUACGAUUGAAAAAUACGAUAUAUAUUUUUCUGUAGGCUGACAAUUCGCUUGAAAUUUUUACGGCUUUUUAAUUCACAAACGUUUUACAAUCGUUGAAGAAAAAAAAAAAAAGAAUUUUUCAUUUUGUGAAAUAAGUUUUUACAUGAGAAUUAAAAAUAGACAUUUUUUAGAGCUCGUUUUGUGUGAAUGCAAAUAGCUAGUUAAAGAAAAUAUUACUGGCAAUUUUCAGGGAACGGGAAAUUUUAGUUAAAGAAAAAUUUGUUUUAACAGAAAAAAACUUUUGUUAAUGACAAAAAAAAAAGAAAAAAAAAAAAAAAAAACUAGAAAAAAAGCUCUGGAACAAAUUUUACAAGAGCUGAGUUGUGUCUUAACAAGUGACUGGCCUCGAAAUAUUUUACAGUUAUUUGUAACAAUUUAUGUCAGGAUGAAAAAACAUUGGUUUUAGCACAAAAUUCAAAAAUUUUUAUUUUAUUUAGUUUCAAAACUCCAAAUAGUCAAAAAAAAAAAUUCCUAAUUAUAAAAUAAUUUCAAUUUUUCAAAAAAACAAAUUUAAAAAAAAUAACAUGAAAAUUUAAUUGGUUAUUUGGAUAUUUUAAACAUUGAAUAAAAAUAAAAAUUUUUGUAUUUUACACCACCCCGCACAAUGAUGAAAAAAAAAAACCCUAAAUUCAAAAAAAAAAUGUGCGAAUGAAUCAUGAGCAAUUUCAUUCAUGAAAAAAAAAUAAUUAGUUUAAGUAAAAAAAAAACUAUCAUAUUUUAGAUAGUUACUGUGGAACAGUGUGUAAACUGUGAUGGUGUAAACGUAUUUGAUUGUGUGCAAUUCAAAGAACUGUUUAUGUAAGUAGGUUUCUAAAUAACGAAUAAUUUCGUUGGUGAUAAUAUUUUAUGCAAAAAAAAAAAAAAAAAAAGAA